UAGGAUUUUAUGGUGUGCAUUUAUGGUGUGCACAGGAACUGACACGUUGGCUAUUAAUCGGUUCCUUAUCACGAAUGUCUAUCUCAGCACAAUUUGACGUUUCGCUGUCAGGCGGUCUUUGAACAGCCAUUUUAAACUUAAUGCAUGAGGCACUUUCAGAGAAGUUGUUCCUGUAUUUAUCAAGACCGUUUCCACUGAUGCGUGCGUGUUACGUGUAAAGUUAUCAGUCUUGGUAUACCUAAAAAUAUGACGAGGAGACUACUACUUGUGUCAAAUUCCACUCUACAUGGUGGCGGAGGAUAUCUGGGACAUUGCCAACAGCAGAUCCAAGAUUUUUUUGGAGAGCAGGUAAAGCGGAUUCUGUUCGUUCCUUACGCGUUGCACGACAGAGACGGCUAUGCAAAGACCGCCCGUGACAAGCUGCAGAGUUUGGGUUAUGAGGUGGACAGUAUUCAUGAAGCAUCUGACCCGGUGGAAGCCGUGAGGAUGGCUCAGGGGAUCUUUAUCGGUGGCGGAAACACUUUCCGUCUGCUGAAAGCGCUGUACGACAACAAAGUCGUGUCUGAGAUUCAGAAGCGUGUCCUGAAGGAUGGGAUUCCUUUCAUGGGGUCGAGCGCAGGCACCAACGUUGCAACCGUCAGCAUCAACACCACCAACGACAUGCCCAUCGUCUACCCGCCCACCUUCGCUGCCUUAGGGCUGGUGCCCUUCAACAUCAACCCCCACUACCUGGACGCCGACCCCAACAGCACGCACAUGGGGGAGACACGAGAGCAGCGCAUUAAGCAGUUCCACGAGGAGUCCGACACGCCCAGCGUGCUGGGGCUGAGAGAGGGGUGCAUGCUGCUGGUGGAGGGGGACAAAGCGACCCUCCUGGGCAGCACCAAGGCCAGGCUCUUCACCAGGGGGAAGCCAGCCGUGGAGUACGAACCUGGGACUGAUAUGAGCUUCCUGCUAACAGAGGGUGAAUGACCUGGAGGCACGCCAAGGGAAGGGACAACGCACGCAGCUAACGGGAGCUUGGGGAAAUCCACUAUUCCCAUGCAGCAAGUGCAAUUGACAAGGAUUUUUUUUGUCUGGGCAAACUGAAAUAAAUCUUUAA